CUUGCUAUUGAAGGGAUAUAAGUCAUAAAAUUCAGACCGUGUUCACGACAACAUUGACGAUUCUACUGAACUCAUCAAGCUUCGACCGCCACGAUGAGACCUUUUCCCACCUGAAUCUUAGCAGUGGGCGCCAGGGCCAGCCACCGAGACUGUUGGGCACCAUGAAUGGCAGACAGGUCCCCGUAGAUAACGUCUUACACCCGGCCUGGAGAGACUCCGUCGUCCAUCUCAUAGUCUCGCAAAGCUGGGACGAGUCUCUUCCCUCAGGUCUCGCCGAGCAGGCUAUCCAUAAAAUGACCUAUGACAGGGGCUAUGCCCUUGGCCAGCUGACCCCUGAUUCAGGCGCUUAUUUCGAUGAGGUCUGUUCCGCGAACGAUUAAUGUUUACACUGUUGUUGGAGUUGCUGACCGGUUUGGGGGGACAAAAGGCGAACCCAUUGGAGCCCGAGUGG